GGGUGGGGCUGCGUUGGGGUUGGGCGCUGUUGGGGGGGGAUUGGGGGGUGUACAGACUGGAAUGGAACUCGGGAAGGGACACGUGGGGACGGUAGCAGGCAAGAAACGCCGCCUCAUGAUCGAAGACUCGAAUCCCAACAUCGAAGAACUCCUCGACGCAAGACCCGCACUAUCAAACGUGUCAACACCCCUCACCCCCGCUCCCAACCCGCUCGAUAUCCCCAUUUUCGACACCACGUCCACGGGGGCUGCGGGGUUCGAUGGUACGAGUGCGUUGGUCCCCGCCACGACUUCGAGUAAUGGUUUGAAUGAUGCGGCACUCCAAGCUCAUGUCAUUAAUACGGAUCAUUUGGCGUCGACCAUCGCUGCACAAAAUGCGAAUAUUGCCGAUCUUGCGCUGUUGCUGGGUCUUACUCCGAGUCCGCCGACGAGUACAGGGGGUGAGGAUGCCGGUGUUGACGAGUUUUUGGCUGGGUUGGAUGGAGUGGGGGGGAAUAUUGGAGGGAUGGAGGAGGUAGUGGAGAUGCCGGUUGUCGGGAAGAGGAAGAGGGAGGUUACGGUGCCCGAGGAGGAGGGGGUGGGGGAAGGGAGUAAUGGGGAUGGGGAGUUGGAGAGGUUUGUGGAGUUUGAUUAACGUUCUCCGGGUGAGAGCGAGGAUGGAGGAGGAGGAGGUUCACCACUCUUCGGGUUUUACUAUUAUGGGUUCUAUCUGGGUAAUACGGGUUUAUUGGCGUUUGAUUAGGGAUCUUAGUGCUUGUGCUGCUUGUAUCUUUCUGGGAGGCCGAGCUAGAUUAGCUAUUUGUUUUCUUUUGCAGGGU